CCUUCGCCGCCUCUACACAUUCUAGACCUUCUGUCCUGGAGAAGAAGCUAUAGUCGGUCUCCUUUGUGGGCCUGGGGCGCAGCCAUGGCGGACGGCGGCGGCGGCGGGGGAACGGGCGCGGUGGGUGGCGGCGGAGCGGGCCAGGCCUCUGCCGGGGCAGCGACUGGCGCUACUGGGGCCGGCGGGGGCGGUGACCCCAUCAACCCCGCCUCGCUGCCUCCCGGCGACCCGCAGCUCAUCGCCCUCAUCGUGGAGCAGCUCAAGAGCCGGGGCCUCUUUGACAGCUUCCGCCGGGACUGCCUGGCCGACGUGGACACAAAGCCAGCUUACCAAAACCUGAGGCAGAAAGUGGAUAAUUUUGUGUCAACACAUCUGGACAAGCAGGAAUGGAAUCCUACAAUGAACAAAAACCAAUUGCGAAAUGGUCUGAGGCAGAGUGUGGUUCAGUCAGGGAUGUUGGAAGCUGGAGUAGACAGGAUUAUUUCUCAGGUGGUGGAUCCAAAACUAAACCACAUCUUCAGGCCACAAAUAGAACGAGCAAUUCAUGAGUUCCUGGCAGCCCAGAAAAAAGCAGCUGUGCCAGCACCCCCUCCAGAGCCCGACGGCCAGGACCCACCAGCUCCAUCUCAGGACACUUCCUAAGAAUAUGCCUGUCACCUUUUGAAAGCUCCAUUUUAGGCGAAGAAAUGGAUUCGGUUACAUAAGAGAACAACUUCAGACUGAAGAUAGGCCAAGGUCGUCACUGGUCUAAAGAUUUCAACCUUGACUAUGGGCAGUAAACAGAUUGAAAGGGAAGCAGGUUCAGCAGCAGGGAAGUUGACCAUGUCACCCCCUGCAUUGUGCUGCCAUUUGGUCCUCUGUCCAGGGGUGUGACACCAAGUAGACACUACAGAGAGAGAAACACUACAGCAACCCAGGGUUGUCCUGAAACAGACUUUACUUGAACAUGGAGACUGCACAUGGACUUUAGGGUUUGUGCUCUGGGAUAAACAAAAGCUACAGUGAGAGAAUAGAACCAAUCCCAAAGACGGUUUGAAAGAACAAUGACAGUAAAGGUUAACUGGGGGUGGUAUUUAACAGUGCUUAUUUGAUAUUGUCUCUCAGAGUUCCCAACUAGAUUGUACAAGUCAUUAGCAUCAGAUAGCUUUAAAGUUGUGACCUUCUUGUACAUGAAUCUUCUAGCCAGUUUCCUUUCCUUUGUCUUAGGUAACAAAACAUGAAAUCCUAGAAUAUGUGAAAAGUUCAGACAUGAGGUAUAAGGAAACUCAUCUGCAGGCUCUCUGUCCAGAGCUGCUUUCUGUCCUGCGGGGGCUAGUGAGUCUUACGUAUGUUUACUUUAUUCUCACAUUUGUGUUUUUUUUAGGAAAGUGGUCGGUAAAUGGCUUAUCUUUCAUAAUAAAAUCAUUUGAUACUCUUAAAAAAAAAAAAAAAAAA